UGGAGGAUUAUUUUACAGGUGAGACUCUUGUGUCACUCGCAGAGACCGUCUGGGGAAUAGUUUACCUAUCAGCUCCUGGGCCUCUGCCUCUUGCUCUACCUGCAGUUUAUUUAUCUCUUCAUGUCAACCGGCAGCAACUUAAACUUGUUCUAAAUGAGACUUCUGGAAAAAUGGGCCAAUUACAUGAAGAGCACAGACAGCAUCGGUCAGGAAACAAAACCAUCUGGAACUCCACAGGCCAGUGUGACUCUAAACUGCGGGAACUUGGAGAACAAUGUCAGGACCCAAGAAGCUGUUGACCCCCAGCCCCCAUCUGAGACCACAGCACCUGCACCUGAGGCACUGCCUUCCCGAGGCACCUGGGGUGGGAAGCAUGAGUUCUUGCUGUCCUGUAUUGGAUACUGUGUGGGACUGGGUAAUGUCUGGAGGUUCCCCUAUCUCUGCUAUCGCAAUGGAGGAGGUGCUUUCCUGAUUCCAUACUGCAUUAUGAUGCUAUUUACUGGUCUGCCACUCUUCCUGAUGGAGCUCAGUCUGGGACAGUAUGGAGGAGCAGGACCAAUACAUGUGUGGAAAUGCUGCCCUCUGCUGAAAGGGAUUGGAAUCGGAAUGCUGGUUGUUGCAUCUUUGGUCUCUCUUUACUAUAAUGUGAUUAUCGCCUGGACAUUCUUCUAUCUUGGGAAUUCUUUCCAGAACCCUUUGCCUUGGUCCUGUGAGGCUCCAGCAAACAUUCACUUAUGUCAGAAUUUAACUGCCAACUUAACUCACCAGAGUGCCAGUGAAGUCUUCUGGAAUGAGCGUACCCUGGGACUGUCAAGGAGCUCAGGUCUACAUGACCCAGGCCCAGUCCGGUGGGAACUGGCCAUUUGCCUUCUGGCUGCCUGGGUCAUUAUCUUCUUGUGCUGUCUGAAAGGGAUUCGCAGCUCAGGCAAGAUUGUUUACGUGACUGCUACAUUCCCCUACCUGGUCCUGAUUGUGCUGAUAAUACGAGGAGCCACACUCAAAGGCUCCCUGCAGGGCGUGCAGUUCUACCUCAGUACUAACUGGAAGCGCCUGAGGAGUGCUCAGGUGUGGAAUGAUGCUGCAUCCCAGAUAUUCUAUUCCCUGGGGAUUGGUUUCGGAGGUUUGCUUUCAAUGGCAUCUUACAACAAGUUUGACAACAACGUUGUCAGGGACACACUGGUCAUAGUGACCGGCAACUGUAUCACCAGCUUCUUUGCAGGAUUCGCCAUUUUUUCCAUCCUGGGUCACAUGGCCUGGAAGAAAGGUGUGGCAGUUGAAGAUGUAGCAGAUUCUGGUCCGGGGUUAGCAUUUGUUGCUUACCCAGAAGCCCUAGCACUGCUGCCUGGUUCAUUCUUUUGGUCAAUCCUGUUUUUCCUGAUGCUCUUCACCCUGGGGAUCGAUACACUGUUUGGCAACAUGGAAGGAAUCACCACAGCGUUCCUGGAUGAGUUUGCAGUAUUACGGAGUGGGAAAUGGAAGGUGUUGUUCCUAGCUGCUCUGUGCUUCACAUUCUAUCUCCUGGGCCUGCUGCUUAUCACUGAGGGUGGCAUCUACUGGUUCACUCUCAUCGAUGCGUUCAGCACCAGCUUCGGGCUCAUCAUCAUCACUCUCUUCAUGUGCCUGGGGAUCGCUUUCUUCUAUGGUGUUAACCAGUUCUGUAAUGACAUUAUUGACAUGAUCCGUCUUUGCCCGCCCUGGUGCAGUAAGCUGUUACUCUAUUUCAAGGCUUGCUGGACCCUGUUUACACCCCUGCUGCUCCUGUUCAUCCUGAUGUAUGUAUUUAUUGAGAUGUACAAUACACCCCUGCAUUAUGGCUCCUAUGAGUUCCCACUGUGGGGGAAAGCACUGGGUGUGUGUCUGGGGGUGCUGUGCUGUAUACAGAUCCCAUUCUGGGCUGUGGCUGCUGUACUGAAGGAGUCUGGAACAUGGCGAGAUCGGUUUAGGAAAGCCAUCCGACCCCUGAACUCCUGGAAGGUGACAGGGGGUGAGCGGACAUUCACACCACAGACAGUCGACGUGCCUUUCUCAGUGACACUGACUGAGCACGACUUCAACGAGGUGCAAGCCUGAAUCCGCAGGUUGGGCCAGGGACGGCGAUGGUACUGGAAACAGAGGAGGGCGAGGACGGGACUGGGAGGCUUCUGCUGCCCCUCGAAGAUAAGAGGAGAUGGAUUCUAUGCCUCUCCUGGUUAUAUGUUUGAACAGAGGGCGCUGGAAAAUAGAAGGUCCUAUGGUGCUCAACAAACAGAGUUUACCAGGCUGAAGGAUCUAGGCCCGAAACGUCAGCUUUUGUGCUCCUGAGAUGCUGAUUGGCCUGCUGUGUUCAUCCAGCUUCACACUUUGUUAUCUGAGAGUCAAUACUAACUCCCCACAACCCAACAUGCUGACUUCUGGACCACAAAUCCUUGCUUCCAGGGAAUGCUCGUCUUCCCCAACAUACCAGUCUCUUCACCGACACGUUCUAUCCCAUACGAGAACCCGAUGGGAUCAUGUGUGAAGUCACCGCCUCCCCGUACCACCUUGCCGUCACCAUGACGCCAGUUCACUGGGUGAGCUGCACCGUGCACUAUGCAGCGCUAUGUUGGACUUGUACUGAGAGGCUUUCCAAUAAUCAUGUGACAGAGACAGUCAGAUUGCUCUGGUUUCUAUCUGCUCCUGAGGGUGUGCGAACCAUAUUACACAUCCCAGCCCUCUCCCUAAGGCGCAGGCCAGUGUAAUGUUGGCAACUCAGCAACAAAACCGCACAAAGGAUAAUGAAGCAAAAUAAAUGGCCAGAUAAUCUGUUUGUGUAUUGAUGUUGGUUGAUUCAGGAAUGGGCACCAGAUAUCAGUGAGAAUCUCCAAUUGUACUUUUGAUCCUGCCCAGCAGCCUUUUUGCAUCCACCUGAGAGAGCAUACAGACCAUGUUACCCAAAAAGAUGGCACCUCCAGCAUUUUGUCAGCCCUAAGCCUCCGACAGUGCAGCGCUCCCUCAGCACUGACCCUCCGACGGUGCGGCCUCCCUCAGCACUGACCCUCCGACGGUGCGGCCUCCCUCAGCACCGACCCUCCGACAGUGCAGCGCUCCCUCAGCACUGACCCUCCGACGGUGCGGCGCUCCCUCAGCACCGACCCUCCGACAGUGCAGCGCUCCCUCAGCACUGACCCUCCGACGGUGCGGCGCUCCCUCAGCACCGACCCUCCGACAGUGCAGCGCUCCCUCAGCACUGACCCUCCGACGGUGCGGCACUCCCUCAGCACCGACCCUCCAACAGUGCAGCGCUCCCUCAGCACUGACCCUCCGACGGUGCGGCCUCCCUCAGCACCGACCCUCCAACAGUGCAGCGUUCCCUCAGCACCGACCCUCCGACAGUGCGAUGCUCCCUCAGCACCGACCCUCCGACAGUGCGGCGCUCCCUCAGCACCGACCCUCUGAUAGUGCGGCGCUCCCUCAGCACCGACCCUCCGACAGUGCGACGCUCCCUCAGCACCGACCCUCUGACAGUGCGGCGCUCCCUCAGCACUGACCCUCUGAUAGUGCGGCGCUCCCUCAGCACUGACCCUCCGACAGUGCCCACUCCCUCAGCACUGACCCUCCGACAGUGCCCACUCCCUCAGCACUGACCCUCCGACAGUGCCCACUCCCUCAGCACUUACCCUCCGACAGUGAGGACUCCCUCAAGACUGCUUCUCACGCUACCUCCACCUUCAUACCAAAGCAAAGUCAACAGUUUCUUUGUUACUCCUUUUAAU